AGGGUUCCACACGCACACACACACACACACACACACACACUCACAUGCGCUCGCGCAGACAGAGAAAAUCCUCUUGCCUGUUGAUUUAUGGAAACAAUUAUGAUUCUGCUGGAGAAUUUCUCAGCUGAGAAAUAGUUUGUAGCUACAGUAGAGAGGCUCAAGUUGCAAAGGCAGACAACAGACACGGAAUUCUUGUGUAUCCAGCUGUUAUAAACAGAACAAAAGUCAAGUAGCAGACAGCGCUGCAGCAACUGAGCUUAUUGCAACCUGUUUUGUAUAAGGAUAUAUCAACACAGAGUUAUUUAAGGAGGAAUCCUGUAUUGUUACCGGAAGCUGCAAGGAUAAGUGUACCACUCUGGAAAGAGCAAGGACUCUUUCGUAAAUCAGUUCACAGAUAGGAAAAGGUCGAAGACCCAGGAGUAGCAGUCAACUGCAGACUGAGUUUUCAUUAUGGUGUUCAUGGGCCCCCGGAGCACUACUCUAUAAUGCACAAAUGGAUACUCACAUGGAUCCUGCCGACUCUGCCCUACAGAUCAUGCUUUCUCCUUGUCUGUCUCGUGGGCACUCUAGCUUUGGCUUGCAAUGACAUGGCCCCAGAGCAAAUGGCUACCAGUGCGAACUGCUCCAGCCCUGAGCGACAUACACGAAGCUACGACUACAUGGAAGGAGGGGACAUAAGGGUGAGAAGACUUUUCUGUCGAACACAGUGGUAUCUGAGGAUUGACAAGCGAGGCAAAGUCAAAGGGACCCAAGAGAUGAAGAAUAACUACAAUAUCAUGGAAAUCAGGACAGUGGCAGUUGGAAUUGUGGCAAUCAAAGGGGUGGAAAGUGAAUAUUAUCUUGCAAUGAACAAGGAAGGAAAGCUCUAUGCAAAGAAAGAAUGCAAUGAAGACUGCAACUUCAAAGAAUUAAUUCUGGAAAACCAUUACAACACAUACGCAUCAGCUAAAUGGACACACAGUGGAGGAGAGAUGUUUGUCGCUUUAAGUCACAGGGGGGUUCCUGUAAAAGGGAAGAAAACGAAGAAAGAACAAAAAACAGCCCACUUUCUUCCUAUGUCAAUAACCUAAUCAUGUAUGGUAUAUAAGAAACCAGUUCCAGCAGGGAGAUUUCUUUAAGUGGACUGUUUUCUUUCUUUUUUUUCUUUUCUUUAUUUCUCUUUUUUUAGUAACCAAGAAAGGCUGGAAAACUACUGAAAAACUGAUCAAGCUGGACUUGCGCAUUUAUGUUUAUUUUAAGAGACUGCAUUAAAGUAAGAUUUGAAAAAUAUACACAAAAAUCAGAUUUAGUAACUAAAAGUUGUAAAAAAUUGUAAAACUGGUUGUACAAUCGUGGUGUUAGUAAUAGUAAUGUUUUUUUUCUUAAAUUAAUUUACCUUUAGAGUAUGUUAGAUUCGAUUAUCUGAUGAUUAUUUAAAUAUGCCUAUCUGCUUAUAAAAUGGCUGCUAUCAUAAUGGUAAUGAUGCGGAUGACGUUCUAUGAGAGACAUCAGACCUGAAGGCUGCUGGAAAGACUUGGCAGAUAACCAAGCCAACAUCAACUAUAAAAGCUGAGCAGUAUUUCAAGUACUUUCCAGUGAAAAUUAUGACAAUCGGAAACUUAGGCUCUACUCAGAAAACAAAGUACUAUUCUCAAAAAUUCUACGAUUGAACUGAAUCAAACAGGUAAUUUUACAAAAUUAUAGGCUGAGGGCAUAUGUGUAUCUAUUGAGAAGAACAAAAUUUCUGAUGCUGCUCAAAUUGAAAGGUGUCUUUUAAAGGGUGUUUUCAAAAAUCUUGUAUAUAAAAUAGCAGUAAUGAUGAUAAUACUGUACUUCAUCUCACUUGCCACAAAAUAACAUUUUAUAAUCCCUAAGAGUAAAAUUCAGAAAUCUUUAAGUUUUUUCAAGUAACAAUCUAUCUUUUGUAUAAUUCAUAUUUGGGAACUUGGCUUUUAAUAAUGUUCUUCCCACAAAUAAUCAUGCUUUUUCUCUGUGGUUACAGCA